AUGGCGGACGACUCGUGUCCAGAAGCCGAGCUGUGCUCGGAACAGUUCGGCUCAGGGGCAUCUCGGGGUUGCCGCGCCGCCGCCGAUGGGGGCCUGCAGUGGGAGGCCUGGCGGGGACGCUGGUGGGGGGCUUCCCGGGCCCGAGGCCCGCCUGGGUGCAGAAGCGGGGGGUCGGGGGGCGCCUGGGCCUUGCUCUCGGGACUGCUGGCAGUGUUCCUGCCGCAGGGCUUCCCUGACAGCGUCAGCCCGGACUACCUGCCCUACCAACUCUGGGAUUCCGUGCAGGCUUUUGCUUCCAGCCUCUCGGGAACCCUGGCUACCCACGCGGUCCUGACUGGCAUAGGGGUAGGAAACGCAAAAGCCUCGGUUUCUGCUGCCACCGCUACCUGGCUCAUUAAAGAUGCAAGUGGCAUGCUUGGCCGCAUCAUCUUUGCCUGGUGGAAGGGGAGCAAACUGGACUGUAAUGCCAAACAGUGGAGGCUUUUUGCUGACAUCCUCAAUGAUGCCGCCAUGUUCCUUGAGAUUAUGGCUCCUAUAUAUCCCAUGUGUUUCACCUUGAUUGUCUGCAUCAGCAAUCUGGCCAAGUGCAUUGUAGGUGUGGCUGGUGGGGCCACUCGAGCUGCCCUGACCAUGCACCAGGCCCAGAGAAACAACAUGGCUGAUGUAUCUGCCAAGGAUGGCAGCCAGGAGACACUCGUAAAUCUGGCAGGACUCCUGGUCAGCCUCUUGAUGCUUCCCCUGGUUUCUGAUUCCCCAAGCUUCAGCCUCGGAUGUUUCUUCCUACUCACUGCCCUCCACAUCUAUGCCAACUAUCGGGCAGUUCGAGCCCUUGUCAUGGAGACCCUGAAUGAAAGCCGACUCUGGCUAGUCUUGAAUCAUUUCCUUAUGAAAGGAGAAGUACUUGACCCCACUUCAGCCAAUCGGAUGGAGCCCCUGUGGACAGGUUUCUGGCCAUCUCUGUCUCUAUCCCUGGGUGUACCCCUCCACUGCUUAGUAUCCAGUGUAUUUGAGCUGAAGCAGCUAGUUAUGGGACACCAAGAAUCCUACCUCCUUCAUUGGAACCAGUCACAAAACCAGGUCCAGGUAGUUCUGAGCCACAAUGCAGGCCCUGAGACUGUCCUAAAAGCUGCAACACAUGGACUGGUGCUCAGAGCCCUGUGUGGACCUGGGCCCCUUCCAGAAGAGCUGGAGAAACUAUGGAAUCGAGAACAGUCAGGUCCCAAGAAAGAUGCCUUGGUCAUCGUCAGGGAGACACACCAUGUAUUGGAUCAGCUAUUCCCAAAGUUUCUAAAAGGUCUGCAGGAUGCAGGGUGGAAGACUGAGAAGCACCAGCUUGAGGUGGAUGAGUGGAGAGCCACAUGGCCCCUCUCUUCAGAAAAGAAGAUCUUAUGAGCAGCCUAACAGAGGCCUCUGUCAAUACAGAAUCCCAGAACAAGGACACUUGGACCACAACAGCACAUGGGAAAGGCAGCUUUAUUUUUGCUUAGAGAAACUGCUAUGGCAGAUUGACCAGGCCCCAUGGAAAGUGACUGCCAGUCAAAUAGACUGAGCCCUCAAGUGAGGACAAAGCGGAGAACAGAGGAUCUUGGGCCUUCUCCACUUGUAGGCUCUCCACCCCACUCACUGUGAAGCUGAACUCUAUCCUGUCUGUGGUUCAUGGUGCCCAGAAAAGUUGACUUCAAGCAUAAAAUCCCCAGAGGAAGGUGGCCACAGCCAUCAUGAGCAAGGCAUUGAGAUUGACCACACGGGCCCACUUAGGGUUCUCACUGAUGUCCUCCAGCUGCCUGGCUGCUUCAGCCACCUCCUCCUCUGUAGGGGGUGGGGGGCUGCCUGCCCCACCCCUGCUCAUUCCACAGAACCAGAACAGGCACUGGCGGAACAAGCCUGGUGCUGGGGACUGGGGCUCUGAAAAAUUGAGAUCUUACAGUUAGUAUGCAGAAUCUUGUCUCCGCUCAGCUCCCUAGUCCUACUUUCUCGGGCUGCGUCUUACCCUCAAUCUCUACUGCAUGCUCUAGGCAUCCAUUUUGUACAGGGGGUGAGGUUGGACCUCUCAA